AUGAAUAGAGCAAUAUUGAGAAAAUUUAUCAAUAUUUCCGCAAUUCACUCUUUUAAGCAGGAAGGGAAAAGACGUAUCACACCUUGCAUUAGUUCUUUAUUUUUGCAAAAACGAUGUCUUGCUACACCAAGUGAGACUACGAUGACUGUAAGAGAUGCCUUAAAUAUCGCGCUUGAAGAGGAAUUUAUUCGUGAUGAUCGUGUCUUCUUACUUGGCGAGGAAGUUGCCCAAUAUAAUGGUGCAUAUAAGGUAUCAAAAGGCUUACUUGAUAAGUUUGGCCCGAAAAGAGUGAUUGAUACACCAAUCACAGAAGCUGGUUUUGCUGGUUUAGCUGUCGGUGCGGCAUUAUCUGGAUUGAGACCAAUUUGCGAAUUUAUGACAUUUAAUUUUUCCAUGCAAGCAAUUGAUCAUGUAAUUAAUUCUGCAGCAAAAAUAUUAUACAUGUCCGGUGGAGUUGUACAAUGUCCUAUAGUUUUUCGUGGACCAAAUGGUUCGGCUGCGGGUGUUGCCGCUCAACAUUCCCAAGAUUAUUCAGCAUGGUAUGGCGCUAUUCCUGGAUUAAAGGUGGUUUCCCCAUGGGAUAGUGAGGAUGCGAAGGGUUUAUUGAAGGCUGCAGUGAGAGAUCCCAAUCCUGUAGUUGUGUUGGAGAACGAACUUCAAUAUGGAGUUUCUUAUCCAGUAUCUCAAGAAGUGAUGUCACCGGAUUUUGUACUGCCGAUCGGAAAAGCAAAAAUAGUGCGUGAAGGCAAAGAUGUAACGAUCGUAGCACAUUCAAGGCCAGUAAACUUUUGUUUAGAGGCAGCUGAUAAAUUGUAUAGCGAAGAAGGGAUUUCUGCCGAGGUCAUAAAUUUGCGCUCAAUUAGACCACUUGAUAUCAAUACAAUUGUUAAUUCAUUGAAGAAAACUAACCAUUUGGUGACUGUCGAAUCAGGAUAUCCCCAAUUUGGUGUUGGUAGUGAAAUAUGUGCUAUUGUGAUGGAAACGGAAGCAUUUGAUUAUCUGGAUGCUCCAGUAGAAAGGGUGACUUGUGCUGAAGAUUUGACUUAUCCAGAUGCAAAUGUAAUCGUUAAAGUUGAAAGGAUAUCAAUUGAGGAAUUAUAUGGUAAAAAACUAUGUGAUCUCUCCAAGCCUUGUAGAAAAGACGGAUUCUUGCGCGAUGACGGGGCUUCUCUACGAAAAUCAUUUGAAACAGUCAAGAAUGAGUGUGGUAAUCUAGGGCAAGCACAUUUACGUCUAGCUGGCAAUUUAGCUGAAAUUGUAUUACAACCAUUACUUAAAUCUAAAGAGGGGCAUGCUAAACGUCUUAAAUCAAGUAGAGAAGAAUUAACUGGAUAUUUGAAAAUUUAUGAACGGUUAGUUGCUGACGUAGAAAAAUUACGUAGUAAUUAUGUGAAUAAAUGUCAAAUAGCUGAUGAGGCAGAGGAAAGAGCUGCCAGCGAAGCAUUAGCUCAAAAAUCUUUAGAGAAAGGAAAAGUGAAAAAUGGUUUCCAAUUAUUAGUUGUUGUUCUCGGUCAACAAUCCUUUACAGAGGAUGAACUUAUGAAAUUUCUUUCACGAAUGCGCGAUGAAAUUUCUUCUCGAGAAGUAAAAUUUCCAAUAUUAGGAGUAUAUAAUGAUGUAUACAGUGGCGAGGAUAUUGUCAAAUGGUUACAAGAAAAUCACCCUAAUGCACGUACUUUGAAGGAAGCUGAAAUUAUUGGUCAAGAAUUGGCUGAUCAAGGAUUUUUACGUCUUAUCGGUGCAUACGGAAAUAAAUUUACUGGUAAUCCUUCCUCUUACUUUCAAUGGAAGAUAAAAGCUUUUGAUCUCAGAGCUACUGAAGAACCUAUUACUUUGUCAAAAAGUUGGGGUGAUUUGGUUUCGACUAUCGCUAUUACACCUAGUCAGCCAAUUGAAAAGCGUGCUCGUAAGGAGGCUAAUGAAGCUGAUGAGGCUUAUAGACAUGCAGUUAGAAGACUUGAUAAAACGCGUCAAUAUCUUGAAGAAUGUAUGGUCGAUCAUUUGAAUUUCAUGGAAAAAAGUGAAUUGGAUCGCAUUAAGGCUUCGAAAACAGCUUUCCUGAACUACGCCGCGACAUUUGGUAGCAUUAUUUCUACCUUUAAGGAUAUGUCAGAGAGAUUGCUUAUUUAUCAUGAGGCUUUAAAACCAGAAAACGAUAUUCAAUUCAUGAUUGAAAGAUAUCGUACUGGUCCAUUCAUUCCACAGGUCAUUUUAUAUAAGAAUCAGUACAACGGAAGUGCAAAUGAUCAGACGUUUGGUGUUCCACUAGAAGAGAAGGCUAAGCAUGAUUUAAAGUAUAUUCCACAGAUUGUAACAAAGUGUCUUAGUUGCAUAACCAAAGGAUUUUCUAAAUGGAAUGAUGCUGGUGGAAAAGUUGCGUUAAAACUAUUGAGAGAACAUGAUUUAUCUGUUGUUGCAGGAGUCCUGAAAUUGUAUUUCUUGGAAUUACCUGAAUGUUUGCUCACCUUUGAACUUUAUGAACCAGUGAAGAUGUUAUAUUCAAUUACCUUGUCUGUGGAACCUGAUGAUAGGUUUAUCACAACUAUUUCUCAACUAUAUGGGUUUAUUUUAUUAAGGCCAUCAAAUAAAUCUUCAAUUUAUCUUGAUGACAAGCAUCCAACCAAGUUAUUAAAGGACCUAAUUAUUUACUAUGACGAGAUAUUUAAGAAUUUAAAUCUUACAUCAAGCUCAAUAGGCGAAGUGAUGAGACGUUCUAUGAGCCGUGAUUCUUUGCAGUCUAAUAAAUCUACCAAGUCAAAUCGCUCAUCUAUUUCUAAUAAUCGUUCCAGUCGUAGCAACAUUACAAUAAAUACUUCACCAUCUAUGAAUAAAUAUAUUAAGGACUCUCAAGUGAAAGAAAAUGAAUAUCCAAAUGGUAUUAUUCAAAAUGGUUCGGAACCAACCACUGGGGUAUCAACUAACCUUCCUAUCGAGAAUACAUACAUAUUGUCUCCAAUUGAUGCUGUAAAGGAACCAGAUUUCAUAGAAAAUAGUCCUAUAGCAGGUUCAGGUUACAGCAAAGAGGACUCGUUGUCAACUAAUCAUGGAACAACUGGAUUAGGUCGCCGUCGAGGAUUUCGACGACAAUCACGUGGAGCUAGUUCACCUUCAGGUUCAAUAAGCCGCUCAAGAAGAAAGACUCGUGAAUCAGAAAAUUGUAAUGAUCCAGAUGGCGGUUAUGAAGACAGAAUAUCGGAUUCAGGAUCAACAGAAUCAUCCCCCGUCUCACCGAUUUCUAGAACUAAUUCUAGAAAGUCAUAUUCUUCUCGUCCAAAUUCAGGACAUUUUGUAUUUCCAAACAAAUCAUUUAUUUCAGUUGAUGAUACUACGUUAGUAGCUGUACCCAUUACCCCUCACGAUCAUCAGCCAAAGAAUCCCUAUCCAGGUGAAACCUAUGAAUUUUAA